GAUAUUGUCACAAGGUUUUUCAUAUUUUAUCAAAUGAUAAUUUCAGAAUUUGGAUUAUCAGGACCGGCAGAUAAGCAAAAUUUGGAUAAUAAAAUUCAUGGAUCAUCUGGGAGUCUUCCAUUUUAUAAUAGAAAACAUAACUUAAAUUUAGCCUUAGAUUUAUGUAAUGGACUUCGUCCAGAAUUUGGAAAAGAGACUCCUGAAUUUUAUAAAAAAUUGGCUUAUAGGAAUGCUAAUCCAAAUCAAAGACCAACUACCGAAAAAAUGUCCGGAUACGUUCAAAAGGCAUGA